CGCAAUUCUCGCAUUUACAUUGAAUCCGUCGGUGGAGACGGUCGCACUGCACCAUCAGUCAGCGCGAAAGAGAUACCGCGACAGUGUGAAAGCGGGAAGGCGUGACUGCUAUUGUUUUUGUUUAUAUUACAAGGCGCGCGACGAGUGCGAAAUGCUAGUGCUGUCGCUGCCACGCUGAAUGGCGCAACGGAAUGAAAAAAGCUGAUAAAACCCGAAAACAAAUCGAGUAAACAAAAGCGGGGUGCAGUGCAAAAACCGAACGGAAACUGAUAAGCAUAAAUUUAAUAAACGCUCGUAAACGCUACCGUCGCACCUGUAAAUGGACAGAUCCUUCAGUUCAAGGGGUUUUUUUCAUCACGCACCGCAUUUCCAGCUUCGUCAUUAUAUGAUCGGCCAUUACUUACCGUUUAUAAGAAUCUCAAUUGCAUUUGGAGCCACCGCUUGGCGAGCCAUGUAAGACUAGGAGACGGAGACCACAGCCACCAGAAUGUCCAGAUAGCAGCACCAGAAUCCCCGUCUCGAUCUCAACCAGGCGCAGCAAUCAGCAAGCAACGAAAGUCCAGAAAAGUGAAGGCAUUCGAAUAAGAUUUCUGGUUACCAAACAUGGCUCACUUCAGCGGUCAUCGCCAGCCGGCUCAGGUGCCCGCCCAUUUCAAGGAUCUCUUCACCAAUGGCCAGUUGGGCGCGGCCGAGGAGAGCAACAACAAUGACCAGAACGAGCAGGAGAACCGCCCCAGCAACAAUAAUAAUGCUGGACCAUCGGAUCCCGCCUGCUGGGUCUUCGGCUACGGAUCCUUGUGCUGGCAUCCCGGCUUCACCUACACCAAGUGCAUUACCGGCUAUAUUAGGGGAUAUGUUCGCCGAUUCUGGCAGGGCAAUGUCACCCAUCGCGGCUGUGAAGGAAAGCCUGGACGUGUUGCAACGCUCGUUGAGGACAAAGAGGGCAUCACUUGGGGCUGCGCCUAUAGAAUAACAGGCAGCACGGCACUGGACUAUCUCAAGCAGCGCGAGUGCACACUUGGUGGCUAUGCAACGAUUGAUACCAAGUUCUUCCCGCGCGUCGCCUCGCAGGACACGCCCUUUAGCGGCGAGGCGGUCGAGGUACUGGUCUAUGUGGCCACGCCAGAGAACAUCCACUGGCUGGGCGAUGAUCCGGUGGAGGAGAUAGCCCAGCAGAUUGUAUCCUGCCGCGGUCCCAGCGGACACAACGCCGAGUACCUGCUGCGCCUGGCGUUGUUCAUGCACGAUGAGAUUCCCGGCGUUAGGGACGAUCAUCUGUUCGAGCUGGAGCGCUUGGUGUUAGAGGAACUGUAUCGCCGCCAAAUACCUCUGUCGUCUGUGAUGGGCCGCAAUCCAGAUAGGAUACGGCGCGACUCGCACGAGGACAUCCGCCGCCCGCCAUCCUUCGAGUUCACCUCCCGAGUGCCCGAUACCAAGCUGCGUUGCCUGAACAUUUGAUUGUUGGUGUGCUGGCGGCCGAAGACGAAGGACACAGCUGGUGCUAUGCUGGCCGCGAUUAUUGCUACAGCAAAUUCCAAAUUACUGUUCGACAUUUUGGGGUAACCAGAGUCUAUUGCCAAAUUUGACGUAUUUCUUUAAAUUGUAAAUAAUCCUAGGCCUAAUCAUAAGCAGCAACUCCUCCAUAAGUGAUCUGAUUUAGCCAAUAAGCUAGGAUUAAGCACAAAACACUUUUUACACACAACUGUCAGGGAGUUAAAUUAAAACUGAAAUUAAUAUAA